AUGCUCUCUUACUUGACCGAUGACUUCUACAACUGGACGCGGAAAGUAUGCCGCAAUGCGCUGCUCAAGGUCCUUGCAGCAGGCCCCGUCCCUCACCACAUUGCAUUCGUCAUGGACGGGAACCGGAGGUAUGCUCGCAUGAACCACAAGCUGGCGCAGCAAGGUCACACAGAUGGAUACGAAACCCUCACCAAGAUGCUAGAGGUGUGCUAUUACUUGAACAUCAAAUGUGUGUCUGCAUAUGCGUUUUCAAUCGAGAAUUUCAAACGAGACCCGGAGGAGGUUAACGCACUCAUGAGACUCGCUGCGGAGAAAUUGGGGGAACUUUCUCAACAUGGGAGUUUGUUAGACCAGUACGGAGUGCGACUUAAUAUCGUGGGGAGAAAGGAUAUGUUGCCGGAAGAUGUCCAAGUAGCAGCUAGACAAGUGGAGGAUAUGACACGCCACAAUACACGUGCAAUCCUCAAUUUAUGCAUGCCAUAUACCUCGCGCGAUGAGAUGACAACCGCCGUACAGUCAGCCGUACGCAACGCCUUGAAAUCCGAUCCUCCAAAUUUAGAGAUAACAGAAAAAGAUAUUGAUGCGGAGAUGUUAACAAAUCUCGCCGGGAGUCCCCCAGUAGACGUCUUGAUUCGCACAAGCGGCGUUAAGCGACUCAGCGACUUCAUGCUCUGGCAGAGUUGCGAAGAUACGCAGCUUCAUUUUACUCCAACGUAUUGGCCCGACUUUGGUCUGACGGAAUUCAUACGGAUGAUACUGGAUUAUCAACGGAAAGCUUGGGCGCGUAGUAGCUCGUAG